CUCUUCUUCUUCCUCUUCCCUUUCUUUCUACUCUAUUAUCUUCGCCAGUGCUCUCUUCUCUUUCUGCUACUGCAUCCCUCUAUUUCCCUCCCUCCCUCUCCUUCCCAUCAUUCCUCUUGACAUUAAAAUCUCAAAAAUAAUAGCUCUCUCAAACAACCGCUACUGAUAUUCUACUCCAUUUUCUCUCCACUCUUCACUCCCGCCCUCUAAAUUAUCUCGAUCCACCUCCUUUCUGGAACCAAGAUGAUUACCCCAACAUCUUACACAAAUUCAACCAUCAGCAGCCUAGCUCCUCAAGGGUAUUGGGGCCAUCCCACUGCAUCAGUCGACUGGUGCGAGACCAACUACGCGAAAUCGCAUUACGUCGCCGAGUACUUCAACUCGCUCUCGUCCUUCUCCAUGAUCCUCGUGGGUCUCGCCGGCAUGGCUCUCCACGCCUCCUUCGAGAAGCGCUUCAUUCUCACCUUCGGAUCCAUUGUCAUCGUCGGCAUCGGCUCCAUCGCCUUCCACGGAACCUUACUCUUCCCCCUCCAGAUGCUCGACGAAGUCCCCAUGGUCUACUGCGUCCUUACCGUCGCUUACUGUUGUGUCGAAAACAAGCCCUACCGCCGCUACGGCGCCUGGUUUCCCAUUGGCCUCACAUCCUAUGGACUCUUGACAACCGUGAUCAUGCUCUAUGCGGGACCUGAAAAUCAUCUCCUCGAAUUCAUUGUUUUUCAGUCCUCAUUCAUGUUUAUGACUCUGGUCGUCCUGUCACAUAUUAUGAAGAUCUAUGCUCACCAACAGGACCAGUCUAUUAAGCGACUCUGGCUCCUGUCGGGACUCAUUGGUGCCAUCGCUUAUGGAUACUGGAAUAUCGAUUUCCGGAUGUGUGGUGCCAUGGAAAACCUGCCCCUCGGACUCGCGAACCCACAGUUCCACGCGUGGUGGCAUGUAGGCGCCUCGAUGAGCGUGUAUCUAGUCUGUUUGUUGAUCUGCUAUGACAGGGCCGAGAACUUGGAUCGUAAGCCAAAGAUCGAGUGGGUCGGCGGCAUUUUGCCUCACGUCGUUGUCGAGAAGUCGUUGGCAAGCAAGGCAAAGUUCAAUUAGAGGCACUACUAGCGGACCAGUUGAUGCAUGUGCAGCAAUAUCCAUGACCUGUAGGAUAGGUUCUUUCCAUAAGCACACACAGCGAAUUCAUUUUUGAGAGUAUUGGCAUGUCAAAUCACUUAGUGUGCUUACAAAAAAAAAAAAAAAAA